CGCUGUUGGAUGCUGGCGCUUUGUGUGAACCAAAUAUGGGUAGCUGCACCCACGAAGCACGUCGUGACUGAUUGAGCACCUUUGGACUACUUGGCACUGUCGCCGCACGCUGGACCGUAUCUGCCCGCAUCGAAAGGGUGGACCUCACAGAGGGACCUUCUCCAAAGAUCGUGCGUGCAUGUGCUCUUCUGAGUCACAGAAAUUUCCUCCGGGAUUUGAAGAUGUUGCCUAAUUAAGGCAUGAAAAGAUUUCUAAAUGUCCAGGGAAGUCUCUUAGUUGCUGUUGUGAAGUUUUCUUUUUAGACUUUUAUAUACGCACCAUGCUUUCCUUUUUUAAAAAAAUUCGUUGCCGCUAGAGGUUUUUGUGGGAUUUGUAUCAAAACCUGAAGACACUUCUGAGGAAUUUAUUCAAGUCCAAAGAGGCUCUUAGCAGGACACACAGGGAAGUACAGAGACAGAGAAGAGGGGGAAAAAAAGAAUACGCGAAGGGCAGAUGGUUUAGCUGCUCACAAACCAACAGCCAGAUUAAUAAAACAUUUAUAUAGGGGGAGGCGUGACAUCUGCAAGAGGAGGCAAAGGCCUGUCCAAUAUAAAAGGGUUGCUUUGGUGCCAUUUUGUUGCUUUUCAGUGCCAAGGAAGUACGUUGAAGUGAAGGGAGGGUCUUUGUUUUGAAAGCCUGGUGUGUGAUGGUGUCCCUCCGCGUCUCGAUCCCGGAAACAUGCCCGUGCAGGAGAUGGCGGUGAGUCCUGUCAAGUCCCUGUACUGGGAGCAGUUCCCCCCCAUGUGCCAGCGCCGAGUCUACUGCACCCCCAUCUACCACGAAGGCCUGCUCUAUGUGCUGGGGGGCUGCAGCGAGACCGGCAUGCCCCUGGACAGCGCGGAGGUCCUGGACGUGGAGAGCCAGACGUGGAGCCAGCUGCCGCCUUUGCCCACGCCGAGGGCGGGCGCUGCGGGUGUGGCGCUGGGGGGCCAGGUUAUGGUCCUGGGAGGCAUGAAUCAGCAGCAGCACCCGUUGGCUUCAGUGGAAGUUUAUCACCCAGAUGAGGGCAAAUGGGAGCCGAAGGCCGGUCUGGGGCAGCCGUCCAUGGGCAUCACCACUGCGCAGAAAGAUGGCAAGCUGUACGCUUUUGGAGGAAUGGGGGCGGACAUUACACCCCAGGCCCUGGUGAGAGUUUAUGAGGCAGAAAGAGACCAAUGGCAGCCGCUGACCUCAAUGCCAACACCACGAUAUGGAGCCACACCUUUUGUAAAAGGAAACAAAAUCUAUAUCAUGGGGGGUCGCCAAGGAAAGAUGCCGGUGACGGCACUUGAGGCAUUUGACCUGGAGAUGAAGAGCUGGACACGCUACCCCUGCAUUCCGAGCCGGAGGGCCUUUUCCUGCUGUGCAACAAAUGAGCGAAGCCUCUUCAGCCUGGGGGGCCUCCAGCAGCCGGGCCCACACAACUUCUACUCGAGACCUCACUUCGUCAGCACCAUGGAGGAAUAUGAUAUAGAUCAAGGUAUCUGGCUCAAACCCAGUCGAACAUCAAAGAUGCGAGAGAAGAGGGCGGACUUUGUAGCAGGAUGUUUGAGCGGACGGGUAAUCGUGGCUGGUGGUCUCGGCAAUGAGCCGUCACCCUUGGGUUCGGUCGAGAGCUACAACCCGAUAAAGCGUCGUUGGGAGUACACGGUGCCUAUGCCCACCGCUCGCUGCUCGUCUGCACUCCUGCAGACCUCCAGCAUGCUUUUCAUCAUCGGCGGGGUGGCGCAAGGUCCGAGCAAUGCCGUGGAAGCUCUCUGCUUACAGGAAACAGUCUGACCACGUGCACAGAAAGCAAAUGCACGCCGCCGGUGACGCUUUUGUGGAAAAGGCCCACAUAUAUUUCCUUGGAUAUAGAGGCUAUCAACCACACAGACUUUCCUACUUUCAGGCGCGACUUACGGAUGCCUCUUGAUGGUACGAGAAAUCCGCAAGCAUUUCCAAAAGAAAAAAAGGCAUUCGGGGACAUUUGCUGACAGAGCUCGACGAAUAAAUACAAGGACAGUCAAGAUCGCUGUGACUGAUAAGGAGAGAAAACUGACAGCUUGUCUUCCUUGCAGAUGUCAAGGGAAGAUGAAAAAAGAGCAAAAAAUAGACAUACACACACACGAUCUUAAGAUUUCACAUGCCUUUGAACUCUUGAGCAGUUUUCAGAAUAAAAGCAGGGUACUUUUCUGGAUCUUAAAGGAACAUAGGGCCAUAUAUCUGUCGCGCUCCCCUGCUGCUGUGUCAGCAAUCUGACAUUUUUCUAUGAUUCUCUUUUUUUUUCAUGUAAUGAUGUGAUUGUGGGAAAAUGUGUUUUGUAAUUCAAUUUUGUUACAGUGUUAGUGUUCACAUUCCUGGUAACUUACUAAAUGUAUGUGUGUAUUAGCAGUUGCUUUGGUGGCUGGGCAGUAGAACAUGUUCAAUUGAGAGCAACUGAAAUUUGAAAUAAUAAUAAUUUGAUCAUAUAGGGCGAAAUACCUAAAAUUAUGUGCUCCUAGCUAACAUAAAGCCCAUGAAUGCAAAUGUUCUUUUUUUUUUACUUGAGGAUUGUGUGCCCCCCAUUGCUCUUUAACUUAAAUCUUGAGGAUCAUGUGUCCACAAACAACGGGGAAACCCUCCAUGCUGCACCACUGAACUCCAAAGUUUUGGAUGGUCACCACGACCCCACCAGAUGUUGACCCCAGUCACUGUGCUUCUUUUUAUCCCCAGCCUUGAGCAGUAAAGUGAUCAGUCGCCACCGACAUUGCCCGUCACACUAGAUUCAUGUACUUUUUUUUGUUUGUAGACGUUCAAUGACAGCUGCUGGAUUCGCUGGCCUCCCCAGCUACCGUUACCGACACCUUUGUUGUGUUUUCUCCAUCCACCUCCUCAACUGCAACACCCAAAAUUUUAGAUAAAAAUGCAAUUGAGCUAAUAGGUAUGCAUACCCUGGCAGAAUUUGGAUUUUUAGGUAAUUCUGAGAAAGCAAAAUUGGAUCUUUCACUCAUUACUAGUGAAUGGGUGAAGCCAUCAGUUAUCAAACUUUUUUUCUUGCUUUUUUUCUGGAUCAUAAGUACGACAACAAUUAUGAUUCUGAUGAAAAGUUAAGAAUUUUAAAAACAGUCUUUGUGGUAGUUUGGGUUGCGAUACAGCUGAUCAUUAUUUUCGGUACACAGCCAUUAUAUAUCCAAUACCUGUAAACAACACCAUGGCUCUAUUUCAUGAAGUGCUCUUUUCAGGUCUAUCCCAAAUUCCCAAUCAUGGUUCACAGAAUUUAAGAGUAAUGGCUUUCUUCUGAUGACUCGACCAUGGAGCCCAUUUCUCUUUAAAUGCUUCCUGAGUGCUUCUCGUGAAACAGCCCCACCAGUUUUUCUCCUGAGAGUCCUCAAUCUCAGCUGAUGUUAUUUGUGGUUUUUCGUUUUAUCCUGAAGAGUUUUUCUGGCAGUUGUGGCUAAAAUUUUUGACCAUGGCUUGCUUUCAACAGAAUUUCAUUUUCCACAAGGGGGUUGUUUUUGUAGCCCCUUUGUAAGGACUUUGAAUCAUUAUAUUAUUCAUUAUGUAUAACACUUAACUUGACACUUAACAUACAAAACAACAUAAACAAUUGCUUGCUUUUUAAGUCACGUUAGUGAAUUUGGCAGCAGUAAAAAGUAUAGCAUAAAAUUGUUACAGACAAUGUGGCAGAUGUCACUUAAUACACAUGGGAAUCAAAAUGCUUUAUUGCAUGAUGAUAUAUAUAAAAAAAAACAAUACAUGGCGACCCAACACAAACAGAUCCCAAUCUGUAAACUGUACAAAAAAUGUUGAUGUAACAACCCCCCGCCCAAAAAAAAAAAUUCCAUAAUUUUAUAUGGGAAUUCCUACGUAACUAGCCUCUUCUGGUAUACAUUUAAUGGACUUAACUACAACAUGCAUGCUGUACACUCUUGUUCAAACAAAUUUAUCCCACAAAAGAAAAAAAAAUCGUCUAGCACUUUGCAAAAAGGCUACGAGUCAUUAAACACACCUUUUGGUACUUAGAGUACAUUCAUUCAUAUAUAAGGAUUAGGCAAAUUGAAACGUAGAUUAGAUUGGCCAAUUGUAGCUCCAUCGGAAGAAACUCAAAAACAAACUUUAAUUCUGAUAAUUAGUUCAAGUUGCAUUCAAGGACCACCAACAAGCGAGAACAUCUCAAAACCAAUUUAUAAAAGCAUCACUUCAUUAACAACAACAACAGCAGAAAGUUAAAAAAAUAUGUUGCUUAAGUAAGACGGUAUUUAUAUUGCUUUGGCCCCUAGACAAAAACAGCAAAUAGAAAACUUUUGCAGUGAAUAACGGAGAUUAGAUUCCCAAAACAUUGCAAAUAUCCAGAUUUGUGAAUGCUAUAAUGUGAUAUAUGUUGGUUUACUGCAUGAUUGAAAUAGAUGCUGUACAUAACUCAUUUCAGAAAUAGUUUUUUCCCCUGGUCGAGAGUAUAAAUAAUGUUACUAUAAUUAUAUUUUUGGGUGAGAAGAUCAAAAAAUCUGAACCAAUAACAAGAUGUUCAGAUGACAGGUGUAUGCUUCAGAUGUCUGGACCAGCUGCACGCUCAAUGAGCCAAUCCGUCUUUUAAUCGCUAUUUAUUUCAUGCAUCAAAGCAAGUCCUCUUAAUUCAAAAUAAAGAGAGGUCCAUCUGAUCACAGGAUGCUCAUUUCAAAUAUAGCCAAGAAAACACAGAUGAAGAGGAGAAGACAAAAACAUGCGUCGGACGAGUGAAAGACAAGCACAGGUCUAGAAACACACACGAAUGCACACACUGGCUUUUCUUUGGCUGUUGCAGUUUUUAUUUCUGGUCUGCUUGCAGACCGAUUUUGUUAUCUCUUUUGAGGGAUGGUGCCAAGAGACAGUUUAUUUUUUUUUUGGGUGUUCACAAUUUGGUUGUGUUAGGUGCAGGUCACACAUCGGCAAGAGCUUACACAUAAUGGAUUUUUCUGACAGUGCAAAUGCAUUUUUCUCUCAGUUAUGACUGCAGUUGGAUCUAGGAACAACUACAGCCAAAAGUCACGCAUAUGAUCUUGUGAGCUGUGAAGUAAGCAAAGUAUUUUGAGGUUUUGCAUCGGAAUGUUGUGUCUUGCUGCUAAAGAAAAUUGAAAACUGAUGCAUUCGGUAUGCAUAAUGGGUCCAUCCCCAUUUUUGCAAUUGUGAGACUGAGUCAUUGUUUCAUUUUGCCAGCAUAUGGUACUUGUGAGCCUUUCUGGGAAAUUUCUUGAAAACCUCAACAUUUUUGGGCCAUCUGUAGGUUGGACAGUGUCAUCUUCAAAUUUCCUCUCGUGUUUUUCUCUGCUCCCCCUCAAAAUUCCCUUCAAAGAAAUCUAAGGCUUCUUUGUUAGAUUGCCCUCCUUUCUGAAUUUUAUUUUUAACAUAAUCUCCGUCACUCCCACAUUGAACCACAGUGGCAUGGAUCAGAUGUUCUAUAUGUGCCGGGUUCGUUUCUCAUCGGAUUAAAAUUGUACUUGUACCGCCUCUCACAGACAGUUGAGCGAAAAGAACAGGAGGAUUCAGACCUGGUAGAAGCCAAUUACAUGCUGCACCCUUUAAACAGGCCACGGUUAGGCGGAUGAUGAACAUGCCUGCUUGAAUAUGAAGCCAGGAGAAGAGCCAGGAGAAAAUUACACCGCCUGCAGGGCAUCCGGUGCCGGUGUUCUUAAUGUCCCAAACAGGCUUCACCAGCAGCACGUUGAUUCCAGUCCGUAAGGGAUUCUGUUAUCCACCUGCGGAGGGAGUUGGGGACGUUGAGCUGGGAGAGCUUGUCCUGGAGGAGUGAUGGGUCGAUUGAGUUGAUGGCAGAGCUCAAAGGGUUCUGCCAGGGAGUGCAGAUGUAGCAGAAUGGAAAAGAGGGCCCGGUUGACCACGUCGUCUGCGCACCUAUGAGCUUUGUAGCUGAACUGGAUUUAGUCCAAGAGGGAGGAGAAGAUUGGUUGGCUGCAGCUUUUCCAUUUGCAUCUAUACUGUAUAGACAAACAACUCGAGUAUUCAGGUUGACAUUCAUAGCUGACUGUUCAUCAUGCCAGCAUUUAGAAUGUAUGAAGGUACAAGAGUAGCAGGAGAAAAGUGAUGCAACCACAAAUAGAAUAGGAAGUUGAGAUGUAGACUCCAACCCUGAAAAUAAGAACUGUGAAGGAGGCUAACAGGCUAACCACUAUUUCAAUGUGCUUCCAUAAUGUAAAGGAACAAGCAAAACCUUGCCAUGCGCUGGUUUUCGAUUUAGACAAGUGAUGCCUUACUUCAAAAGUUUACUCAGCGUAUAAUAUAUAGAUUUCAUAACAUUUACAGUUAUCGAGUCAUUUUGAAACUUGAUCUGGCAUGUUUGGAUGUCCAAGGCUCACACUCUCACGACCAAACGAUUCAGGGGUGGCAAAUGGGAAUGGAAAAUGCUAAUGCAGAUAUGCAGUAUCUGCAUAUGGAUGUAGUUCCAGCAUAUUUGCAUAAAUAAAACUCCCAAGAGCCUGUGAGGUUCAUUUAUUAAUACAGUAUAUCCAUUGCAGACUUAAAGCUGGUUAUGAGUGAGAGUCUAACUUGCAAGUAGCGCAUUCUCACACAGGCACCAUCUUUUCUUUGUGGAGAUGGCCCUGUCAAGAAAAAGAUUACGAUUCCAAUAGUUUUAACACAUAUACACAAUCUUAUUUUUUUAACGUUUUGUUUGUAUUAUGGGUACUUUGUGUUGUGGAUUGAGGUUGUGAGGUGACAGAUAUGUCUCUGUGUUGUUUAGUUUGGGAGUUCCUGUUUCUCAAAGUGUUUGUAAGCAGUUGCUCCAGUUUACCUUCAUUGUUUUGUGUGAUCAAUUGGGAGGGGUGCAAACUAUGGCCUUAUUUACCAUCAAAAGUCCUGUAAUAUUUAUUCAUCUUGAAUUUCCAAAAUUUACUCCACCUUCAAAUGACUUGGCCCAUCUGUCAAUUUGAAAAAAAAUCUUCUAAGGGCCUUGAGCACAAAAGUUUACCCAACCCUGAGAUGAAUUGUGUUCAUGUGAGUGAGUUUUGAGUUUAAAAGCUAAGUGAAUGUUGAGCAUCGAUGAACACCGUUCAGUUUGACUCAGAAUUCAAAAUAAUAACCACUGUUGAAUUGAUUAUUCAAGUGAAGCCUUUUUGGACACGCUUUGGAAAGUAAGAGACCAAAAUUCUGCUCCUGUUGUGAUCCCUCUCCUUUUCUCUCUUUCUCUCUCGCUCUCUCUUGCUGUACUGUGCUGUGAUACUGUACUGACACAGUGAUUAACAUGAUAGAAACAUGAAAAAAAUGCUUUGUGGUCUCAGUGAACUAUUACUGUGUGAUCUGUGUGCAAAAGUAAUUACUGCACUGGAUGCAGUGUUCAAAAAGUGAUGGGAUGAAGUGCUGGAAAUUGUGAUCAUUCCCACAUAAAAUCAAUGAUGUACAUAUUGUAUAUCAUGUUGCUUCACCCCCCCCCACUUCAUUAGGACAACAACUAAAGCGAACCAUUUAACCACAACGAUACCUACAAAUUGUUCCAUUGAAAAUGAAAUUAAAGACUGUUUUGAAAGUCAGGCACACUAUUAAAUUAUUGUAGUAUUACUUCAGCUACCCACCUUUACCACU